ACACACACACACUCACGCCCAAACGCACACACACUUCCCCAGGGGGGAGCUUCACGGAUCCAUUGAAACCUUAAUUGCUCGGACCUCACACCCACUCUCUCUCUCUCUCUCUCUCUCUCUCUCUCUCUCUCUCUCUCUCUGAUACACACUCUCUCUCCCUUUCUCUCUCUCUCACACACCUUUGAAGUGGGCAUCUCUCCACAGCGUCGCAUAUUUCCCUCUCACCUAUACUCACUCGCACCUCUGCUGCCGUGGACCCCAUGUGGCCCCUCCCUUACCGGACUGGACCGAUAAAUGGGUUAACUCUGUCACCAGGAGGAACCGAGAUAAAUGCAUCGGGAGCGUCGGGAGAUCCCCCUCCUCUGUUUUACUACCGAUCUACACCCAAAGGCUCCGUCCUCUCCACUGCGACGUGUUGAUUCUUCAGAGCAGAUUGAAUUUAAAUCGUGAUUUAUGCUUUGAGGAGGAGGAGGAGACCGGCAAUAAUAGCAGCAGCAGCGGUUCUGAGACCCAGACCCGUGGGCGGCUGGGUGGCGUCCGUCUGGGUGAGCUGAUAGGACGAAGACUUGGCACUCUACCUAUAACCAACUGCUUCAUCCCAAAUUUCUCAAGAUAUGUCGAGGAUGAACUGAGAUGUAGAAAUCGAAUGGGAGGCCAUACAUGUGGGUUUUGUGCUUCAACUGAGACGGACACAUUUUCUCCUUUUCCUCCUCCUCUCCUAACCAGUUGAUUUUCUGUCUGGAAAAGUGUGCAGACACAUGACACCCCGGUGAAUCCCCGAGGCUGGUCCCCACACACAGACUGAAUGAGUCCAUCUCUGGCUGUCGGACGGACUCCUCAAGAGCGCAGGACGGAUGCAAACAGACUGAACACAUCUUGAGCAAAUCGGAACACCCUCAGCGUCUCCGGCGACGGUUCUGUAACCGAGCAGGGGGUGAAUCUGACACCCGUCGCUUCACAGGCAGGGAGAAGAUGCCAUUCCACCAUGUGCGGGCGGGCCUGCUCUAUCCAGACAACUACUUGAGCAGCUCCCUGACGGAGGGCAGCGAAGCCUUCCAGCUCACCAGCAUCUCCACCGAGGAGCUGGGAGAGAUUCGUGAGGCGUUCCGUGUUUUGGAUCGGGAUGGGAAUGGUUUCAUCUCCAAACAGGAGCUGGGCAUGGCCAUGCGCUCCCUGGGUUACAUGCCCAGUGAGGUUGAGCUGGCCAUCAUCAUGCAGAGACUGGACAUGGAUGGCGACGGCCAGGUGGACUUUGAGGAGUUCAUGACGAUACUGGGUCCCAAGCUGCUGUCGUCCGACAACAGAGAAGGAUUCCUGGGCAACACCAUCGACAACAUCUUCUGGCAGUUUGACAUGCAGCAGCUGUCUCUGGAUGAGCUGAAGCAGGUGCUGUUCCACGCCUUCAGGGACCACCUGACAAUGAAGGACAUAGAGAACAUCAUCAUCACCGAAGAGGAGAGCCUCAAUGAAACCUCAGGGAACUGCCCUGAGUAUGAGGGAGUCCAUCCCAAGAAGAAGAACCGUCAGACGUGUGUGAGGAAAAGCCUGAUCUGCGCCUUCGCCAUGGCUUUCAUCAUCAGUGUCAUGCUAAUCGCAGCCAAUCAGAUGCUGAGAAACGGCAUGGAGUAACCACUUGCACUGUGAGCAUGGGGAGUGGACAGAACAGCCAUGACCUCACAUCUUUCUUGUCUUUGCAGCCAAAGCUGGACCAGCCACAAACCGAGCACUUCUCGAAAACAAUCAGUUAAGUUUUUCUUUGGUUUCUUUUGAAAUUUAAUUUGUGCUUAUUUUCCAAAAGUGGAAACAGAAUGUGUGUAAUGAGAUAUAUAUUUGUUCUGCUCUGAAGAUAUCACCAUCACUGGACUUGCUGGAACAGAAAACUGGAACAGGAUUAUGUUUUUAUAUAAGUCGUAACAUAGUGAGUUUGAUUUUGUUGCUUUCAAAACCAAGACCACCCUUUAAACUUUAUUUUCCUUUCACCCAAAAUGUUUUCAGGUGCUUUGAGCCAUUCUAAUAUAAAAGUAAAUAAAAAGUUAGCCUGUAAUCGACAACUACUUAUUAACCCCAGAGAAGUUGCGUUGAAUGUGAACUGAGUGAAUGUGAGCACUGAAUGUCAGCACAGUAUAUUUAAAUGUAUAUCUCAUAUUGUAAUGUACACACAUCACACUUUUUGUCACUUAUGGACACCCUUAAAUUGCCACACAUGUGUAUCUACUGGGAGCACAAGUCAAUACUCAGUGAGGGACCACUAAAAAAGCAUCACUGUCAAGUCUUGUGACUGAAAGGUUGAUUGUUUCAUUGACUUAUUGAUCAAUUGAUUGAAGACAGAGCUGUGUAAAAUGUAUGGAGGUCAGAAAAAAGAGGCUGAUUGAUGUUAUGAUAUUUUUAAUAACACACUGUAAGAAAAUGUCUCAUUUGUUAAUGUGUCAGCAUAUCAUAAUAAUACUGCCCAGCUGUGGUGAAUAGAAACCCACAGAAAAGCAUGCCAGUAUAUACACUGCCAUAGCAAGCAUUACACUCCAUUUCCCAGGACGUCACUGUAUAUAAAGUACUACUAAGCUUGUGUAAUGUAUUACUAUGUCAACAGCAGAAUGUAUGGGGUAGAAACUCGCGAGAUAAAUCAGGGAUACACAGUCGAGCUGUGAUACAGCCGUUCUCCUAGAAAAGGCUGCCUUCUAGUGGCUAGAUUAAGAACUGCAGCUACACGCCUGAGCAGCAACGUUUUUCAAGGUGUUUGUGAAAAGGUGAACAACACCACUGAUUGUGAGCUUUUAAUGUGUCGUGUCAGUGUCACAACAGCAGUAUUGUCUGUAUAAGACUCUUUUUUUCUAGUUUGUGUUACUGCUGCAGCUUCUGUUGCGGUUUCUGGGGUCGUACUUGUUUCGUGGUUCAGACCUGACAGCACUGAAGUGGGAUAAAAUGAUCUGGGGGAAAAAACACAGGGGGUUAAGAAAUGCUUCUCUUCUGUUAUGGACCACAUAUUUCAUUUUAGGAUGUGUUUCAGGGCUGGGUGUAGAAAUAUGUCACAGUUUAUCUGUUAUCGUUCAAUUAAUGGGUAUAUUCAGUGUUUGUCCCUUUCUGUAAUUGCGUCCAAAACUCAUCAUUUUUGUGACAUUUGUUCCACCGUUUUCCUCAGCCCUGUGAAGUUGCAUCUUUAAAAUUCACUUGUUGGUGUUAGUAGCUACUGAUUACAAUGUCAAGACUCCAUAAAUGUGGAUUCCAAAAUUGCAUGGUGCUCCCCUUUGCACAUUAUUUGAUGAUUUGUUUUUAUGUGUUUUGCAGGAUGGACAAAAAGCAAAACCAGAUAUUUCAAUCAAACUAACGUGCAAACAUGUGAGUUUAUACGCUGUGAGAAGACACAUAAAAAGAGAGAGGGCUUUGUUAACAGAAAAAUAGCUUUGUGAGAAGUUUCACAGCAAAAAUGUAAUAUACUGUAAAUCAGUAUGCAUGUCGUUGUUCAGAUUUUCACGUCUUUGACAGACAGGGAAAUCCAUUUAAUCUUUCUUUGUGGUGGCACAGCCUUGGUUCAAAUGUACGUACUACUGUAACAUAUUUGACUUUCCAGUUUCUACUGUAAUAGCCAUUUUUUCUAGUUUCUACCAGCUAUUAAUCAAAUCAGAGAGCAGGAGAGGGCAUUUCCAUAAAUAUGCAAAUUCAAGGUCACACCAUCACCGUCAUCAUCGUCUCUGUUUCACGUCAUCUUGGGUAGAGUCUCACUGUGGAUGGUUAAAAUGAUGUUUUAUUCACUUUCUGUGUUAUUUCUCUGGAAUAUUCUCACCACCUCAUCGUCCUGUAUAAACUGCUGUAUAAUGUAUGCUACACUUAUCGCUGUGAGUCUGUCCCAUGUCUUUGAUAUUCUCAGCACACUGACAUUUGACCAACGGACCAUGUUUUUCACCUCCUUCAAGAAGCAUCAUGGUCCUUUUGAAAACCAGCAUAGACCACUUUAUUUUAACAAUUCUCCAACAUUCGUGCCAUUCAGACGUCCUCGCGUGGUUACUGCGAGGGGGAACCUCAUUUCAGAUACCUUUUAUCAACACUUCUGAAGUUUACAUCAUUACUGUGCAUCGUUACAGGACAAAAUCAGAUCAUGAUUUUCAUGUUUUUGAAAAGUUCCUUUGGGAUUUGUUUUUACCAAAACAUGUUUUUACCUUGUAGAUUGUAAAGAGAUCAAACUAAACAAAGAUAUGUAAUACAACCUUGGCAUGCUGCUUAGAAAAAGGAGAAAGAAAACAGCAAUAGUCACCCAUUGAAUGGAUCAUUAAAAAUGCAAAUAAUGAGUUUAAUCUGUUUAAUCUAAAAAAAAUAUACCCAUAUAUGUUUAUGCAAUAAAAUCUUGUUUUGAUAGAAA